UUACAAUUUUGUAUCUGCCCGAUCAAGAUGCGACUGUACGCCAUAUUUUUGGUAGUCAGUGUGACUUAUAGUAAUUUGUAUGUCUCUUGUGAUAAAUCAAAAGCUGAUUUAUCCCUUAAAAACGGUGGAGGACCACUUGAAAAUAGACAACUUGAAAAUAUACAACCUGAGAAUAUACAACCUGAGAAUAUACAACCUGAAAAUACAGAACCUGAGCUUAAGCCACCUGAGAAUAAAGAACCUGAGAAUGAAGAACCUGAGAAUAAAGAACCUGAGAAUGAAGAACCUGAGAAUAAAGAACCUGAGAAUAAAGAACGUGAGAAUAAAGAACCUGAUGUUAACCAACCUGAACACAACCAACCGCAGACAGUCAAUCCACCUACCGAACAAGAUAAUGAACUAACGACAAAAUUGCGAAAUAUACUUGGAAAUUUUGCGAAAUUACUUUCGACAAUAUUUCGAAACAUGAUACAUGAAUAAAAUAAGGGAUGUCUACCCGAAAAUUCAAACGUAAGAAGUUAUUUUGAAUACACAAUUUUAGAUUUUUUUUUGUAAUAAAAAGUCGGAGGAAUGUUUUAAAACGCCAGAUAA